AGUUGCAUCUCAACUUAAUUUGGAAAAACUACACUACUAUUUAUUUCUUACAAGAUGGUUUAAGGAUCCUAAUGAUCAAAACAUUAUGAAAAUGUACCAAGUGUUUUAUAAUUUGGUAGGAUCAAGUUCAAAUCAAAAUGUUAAUAAUGGAAAUUCUCCAGAAACUAAUGAUGAUGAUUAUGAAUAUCUUUUAAAUUAG